CAAAUAUUUUUGCAGAGCUGGAGCGGUUUGUUCAAAACUUUUUGUGGCAGUUGCAUCGGCAUUAUCGGGAUCGUCCAAAAAAGGCAGAACUACUGUACAUGUAAUUUAGCUUUGUGACAGAGAUCACCUCUUCUCCUCAACUGUGUAACUAUGAGUGGCAUCAGAAUUGUCCCAGAGGGAGAGAACCUUGGAGUGGAGACAAGGCCCAGGCCAAAAAAGAGACGGUCUUCGAUUCUGAAGUCACCAUCCAGGAAUGCCUUGCAAGAUUUGGAUUCUAACGCAGAUGAGCGAGACACCACCAAUGUGGCAAAGAAGAAACGCCGUUCUUCCAGAAGAGUCAGCUUUGCUAACACAUACCAAGUCCAGGAAUUCUUAACUACUAACCAGCUGCAUUUAUUGGAAGAAACCAAUGUGGAAUCAACGAAGCCAUUCUCACCAGAGCAGGACUUUGAACCACCGGCUCACACCAAAUCAUCCUCAAGCAGUUCAGGGAAAGAGACAACAACCACUCAAUCAUUUCAGUCAGAUGUCUCGGUGGGACCAGGGCACUGUAUCACAGGUCUAGAAACCCUCCUUUCCGGCCCCAUAAAGAACCAGUCUCAUCAAGAUGUCCAGGAAUCAAUGAUGCCCUACUCAUACCCACAACCAAGGGAGGCUGCUGUUCAGUUGCCUGUGAUUGAUGAGACAUUUGAGCUGCCUUUGGAAACACAGGUUGGGAGAAGUGCUAGAGGGAGAUCAGAUCCCAGCAAUCCUGAAACAGAUGAGGUGCCAAGUUGGCCUGGAGCCGCUAGUAAUCACAGCAGCGUUGCUGUUGGUUUGGUAGGGCCAAGAUAUCACUGCACCCUUCCGAUGGUAGACUCCUUCAGCAGUUCCUGCCACAGCAGCGAUGUUUCCUCGGCAAGUCAUUUGGAAGUCCACAAUCCAGAUGUUGAUCUGUUUGACGCAGCUAAUUUUGAGCUCAAGCUGUGCCAAGAGCAGUUCCCAGCUGGCUAUGAAGACCAAGAGAGUCCAGCAAAUGAUGAGCAUGUGACAGGGGAGGCCUAUGUCCAGAAAAUAGAUGCCAGUUCAUUUUUAAAGUCUUUCAUGUCCUCUAAAACAGUUGAGGAGAAUUUUGGUCAACCUGUGCAUUCAACAUCUUCCACCUACGCAGAUGAGAACCAGGCAGCCAAACAGGACAACAAAGAUUUCCCUCAACAAUCCUUCCUUGACACUGUCAGUAGCGCUAGCCAUGAAUCUGGAGGUCCAGUAAAGAGGAAAGACGCAAAAAGCUUCCUACAGUCUCUGUUGGGAAACAAGAGUCAGCCCUCUGAAGUGCUGUCAGAUCAAACAUGUUUUUUCACUCAGGAUGAAACGGCAUCAGAAAUGGAUUUGACAGCUUGUGUAAGUGUUGAAACAAAUGGAGGAACCAAGAAGAAAGAUGCUGGCACUUUCCUGAAGUCUUUUGCUGAGUCUUGUCCCAGUGAUGACUUUAGUCCCCCGGGUCAUUCCGUGGUACUGAGCAAUGUGAAUAAGCAUCCGGAUGAGGAACAGAAGACUCGGUUUUUUGAUCGGGAUGGUGAGACAUCAUCAGGAAUGGAUCUCACAACUUGUGUGGGCAGUGUGCUUCAAGUCAAAGAUGCAUUUGCCGUUUCAGUCAGGCAUCCAGACGUGACUGUGAGGUUUGGGGAUGAUGAUAAGGGAAGUAUGGAGCUGACACAGUGUAUAGAUGGUGUACAGAAACAACCAGAACAACCUCAAGCCUCAGGUCAAAAGCGUCAAUCUGGUAGGCCACUCACAGACAUAACUCAAAUCUUUGAUGGGAAAAUUGAUGGAAGUGAGAUGGACUUGACCACUUGCACUAAUCUACAAAUCCCUAACUCUUCAAAUUAUCGAGGACCAGAUGGGCAAACAAGGAUCUUCUAUCAAAAUGAUACCACUGCUGCCAUGGAGAUGACAACUUGUUUAAGUGUCCAGGAGUAUCCUGAAAAGUCACAAAAUCACACCUACAUGUACAAAGAAUAUUUUGUUGGUAGACAGGAAAUGAACACCGUAGGAGAGAAAACAAGAAUUUUUCACCAAGAUGACAUCACAGGAUCUAUGGAAAUGACGGCUUGCUUGGAUGGAAAGACAGAUCUCCCAUUACUGAACAAAGCCAGCACUAAUUUGAAUUCUUCAGUCAACCUCCAAGGAAGUGUAGGGGCAGAGAAAACGCAAAUCUUCCGUUCUGAUGAUACCACAGCUGCCAUGGAAAUGACGACUUGCUUGGAUGGAAACGUGAACUUCUCAAAGUCAAGCGGAAAGAGCUCUAUCCAGAAGUACAACAACCAACCAUGUGCAGAAGAGGAUAAAACUACAGUCUUCUGUCGUGAUGACACCACUGUCUCCAUGGAGAUGACAACCUGCAUAAAAGGGGAAAAUAGCUACAGUCCAAAUUCUUGGGGAGGCAGUCAACCACAGACAGCAGAGCAAACGAGGGUCUUCCAUCGUGAUGAUGUGACUGCAGCUAUGGAGAUGACGGAAUGCUUGGACGAGAGAACAAGCUUCACAAAACUAGGCACAUUGACUUCACACCAAGAGGUUAAUCAACAAGGAAGUAUGUUGUCGUUUGCAUCUGAAUGUUCAAAGAGAAAAGAGUCCACUGAACCUGCUGAUGGAUCAAGUCAUAAAGCCAAAAUAAAGCAAGUAGAUGAGCCCAACAAGAAAUCAGUUGCUGAUGAACUAACUGGUUUGGACAAAACACAGAUGUUUAAGUCUGAGGAUAUGGCUGGUAUGGAGUUUACGACGUGUGUUGAUGGGUUGAUCUUAGAAUCAAGAUCAUGCCCUGUAGGGGGAAAACAAAUACACACUGUUGACUCGAUUGAGAAGCAACCCAGAUCAGAACAAGAGAUCAGUAAAGGGGUCUCACAUCCUCUGUCAUUGGACUAUCCUGAAGACCGUACCAAAACCUUCCCUUCAGAUGACGCCGGCAGAAUGGAAAUAACAACUUGUAUUGGGGGUGUGUUGGAAGAUUCCUCCAAAACGACAGACACACAACUAGUGUCAACAAUGCACAUUGAUAAAACACGUAUAUUCACUGCAGAUGAGACAGCACAGAUGGAAUUAACAACGUGUGUUGGUUCUCUUAAACCACUUCCAUCAGUGGUUUCUACAUCCAGCCAUAGAGCUCAGUACAUUGCUGCUCCUGAUGACACUACUAAAAUGGAAAUAACUACCUGUGUAGAUGGGAUAUUUCCUAAGAUGUCAGCUGAUUCAUGUCAGGGAGAGACCAUGAAACAGCUUGGUGAUUGCACUAGGAUUUUCUCAUCGGACACAGCAAGCAUGGACAUGACAAAGUGCAUCGGUGGGCUUCAUCUACCAGCCUUUGCAGCAAGACCUCAACCUCAUGGCCUUGAUGACCAGACAAGAGUGUUCACUUCAGAUAACACUGCUAGAAUGGAGAUGACAGCUUGCAUUGGAGGUUUCCUCUCAAAGAAGUCUGUAGAAGAAGCAACGGUUCCUGAUAGCACAGAUGUUGACCAUCCAGAUCACUUUCAUGUGAUGAAUACAAAGUUACCUCCUCAAAUGACAGACUCAGUGAUUAGUUCAUCGUCUCAACAGCAACAUCCCUUGGACCAGACUCGUAUCUUUACAUCUGAUAACACUGCAUCUAUGGAAAUGACAACUUGCACGGGUGGGAUUGUUGAGAAAGACAUACCACAGUCUCUUGGUAAGAUCAAUUAUCCUCAUGCCACAGAUCAACUUCCAUCACAUCAAACUGGUUUCUUUGACCAUGAGGUCACAGGAAAGAUGGAACUGACAACAGGCAUUGGAGGGAUUAAAAGCAGGAAUGCCAUACAACAUUCUCAUGAGAUCCCUCAAGUAGAUUCCUCUCAGCUCUCAACUGGUGAGGAAAUCAGCCAGACACAGCUAACAAAAUGCAUUGAUGUACUUGAUGGCAAAACAAUGGGAGUAACUUCUCUGGUGCAGAAAUCAUCACAGGAAUCAACUUACGAGGUUGCUCAAUCAUCAGAGCAAACACCAGGCCAUGGAGGUAGCACAAGACCAGAGAUGAAGGAUGCGAGGGAUUCCAUGGAGGACAACAGCCUUGAUGGUCACGUUUCAAUGUUUCAGGAAUGUCUUGAGUCAUCAUCAUCGGCCAGACGUAAAGAAUUAACAAAACGAAGUUCUGAUACAUUUACAAUUGAACCUGUGUCCAUCAGCAUAGCUGCAACAGAACCAUUGACUACGUGUAGGCGCUCUGACACGUACACCCUUGAUAAGCCAUCAGCAGCAUGCACACUUGCAGAGAAUCCCACUUCUGACACCACCCAGUCAACGGAUGAUGUCUGUAAUCCAGCAGCUGCCACCGGUGACCAAGUUAGUCCCACUGAAGAAGACAUGCCAGUCAUUGGAGAUCUGAAUCGCUGGGGUAGCCUGGACUCAUCUGAUGGCAUCGAAAAUGAACAGCCAGUGUGGUUGGAGAACACAGAAGAUUUUGUCCAGUUAUCAGCUGAAGCUGGAGUGACCCGAUCGAUGAUGGUGGAAGCUAUGAAAGAUCAGACUGAUUGUGAGAGUGCAAGUGCCCAUGAACUGUCAUCCUCUGCUGACCUUGGAGCCCAAGAUGUACAUGUACCUCCAAUGUUGAACACUGACAUUGCAUCAAGAGUGCAAGAUAUUUUGCCAGCAUCCCUGUUGAAUCUCCAAACUGAUGUUUCAUUGACUAAGCCAACACCUGGGCCAGUGUCUAUGUGUAAAUUCCUUCAGUUCUUGACCACUAGCAUGUCCAAGGGUCGCCGUAGCGUUAUACCCUUCUUACCGCAAACUGCAUCUCCCAAGACCCUGAGCGAUUUCAUGGAAGAUCACUUCAUCACAAAGCCCAAGAAGGAUUUGUAUGAAUGGGCUGUCAAUCACCUGUCAAUGUCCAUUGAAAAGAUGCAGGGAGCAGUGAAUGAACAGGAACAACGUAUGUCAGAAAAUAACCCUGACAUUGUGACUGAGGUAGAGUGUGCACCACCAGAGCAGGCUGCACAUCUUCAGGAUCAUAUUGAGUCUUUAUACAAAGCUUGUACCAAGAUGUCUAAAGCAAGCUUUCAAGAAUGGAGACAGAAGAUGGUGAAUAAGACACAUCAAUCAUUAAAGAAAACUGAAGCUGAGAUGAAUGAAAUCUUAUCAAGUCUAUCAUCUUCACUGGACACACUGAUCAAGAACAUGGAAGAGCUUGAAAAAUUCAAGGAAGGUUUAGAUGACACUGUAACACGACUUCAGAGAAUUGAACCACCCAGCCAGGAGCGUGUUGAGGAGUUCAUCAACCAACGACAGCAACUAGCAGAGAAGCAGGAGGAAGUUGAAGAAAUGAAGACGAGUAAAGUAGCUUUGCAGAGUGAAUCCUUGAGACUAAAGGAGGAAAUCAAACAGUACAAAGAGGAGCUGGCUGAUGCAAGAGAGAUGGAGAUGUUGCUUAGCAACAAGACUACAUCUAAUGAUGCUCUGGAGGAGGCAUUGAUGAAAUUGGAGGACAUUCACUGCUUGCAACAAUGGAGAUGGCGUAAGGAUACCGAGGAGGAAUUAGUCUUUACCUUCUUAGAAGAUUCCUUCAUCUUCACUGUCAAACUAGGAAAGGAAAUCGAGAAAGGAAGUGGGGUACAGGAGAAAGAGAUUACUAGUCUUCAUAUGGAGAGCCUUCUUGCUGAUGAUGCUGAAGUCUCGGCCCACCUGGCACAUCACCUCAUCCAAGCCAGCAUAGAUGUGGAUUUUCUACAUUCACGUCAUCCCACUACAGCCUCCUUAAAGAUGUUACUCCAAGACUUGUCUGAGGUAGUCAGCCAAGCUGACAGCAUCGCUGAGGAAAUAGAUCACAUCAGAUACAGACAUGUAGUUACUGUGAAUGGAACCAAUGCAACCAUUGAGUUUUCCAACCUGGAUGCAAUGGUCAGGUUCUUGGUGACAUUUAAAUUCUUUCCUGGUGGCUACCCAUUCAGUUCCAUGUCAGCCAACUUCAAGCACAAGAUUGGCAUCCUCAAAGAGCAAGAUGUUCAAACAGUCAUUAAUGAAGUCAAGCCUGGAUGGACUUAUCUCAGCAGACUUGUGAAGAGAAUCAACCUCUUGAUACAGCAGUGUAUAUCCAGUGAGGAAUCUACAUUCUGAUCAGAUGGUUCUCAAAUCUCAAUUGUCUUCAAAUGAAAGCUUGGCUGUGGUUGCAUUUACCUUGUGUUGUUAGAGUCACUAUGACCACAGAUAUUGAACACUUCCAUUAUUGCACAGUUGACAUUCACAAAGCACAAUUAAAGAUGGAUGGCUCUGCGAACUUAGAGGAUCUGGAAAAUGUAUUGAUGAAAGAAUGUCAUGGGUAUCUUUGUUACUAAUUGAAUUGUGAAUUCAAUUUCCACAUCAGGCGUUUUGUCUGUUAAUUGUACAUGUAUAUAGUGUAUAUAAUACAAUUCUUGAGUGUUGAUUUGGAGAGUUGAAUCAUUUUCCUUCUGUCUUGUCAUCACUGUUCAAACAUCUGAGGGAAAAAAUACAGGUACACAUUACAUUCUUAUCAACAAUUUAAUAUUUACUUGGAAAGCUUCAAAUAAUAAAAUCAUUUGCAACGUGUCAUAAAGUGCUCAAUGUGAUAACGUUCCCAUAAUGACAAAGCUCUUGCUAUUACAAUAAACAUAUUCACACCAAUCACGAUCACCAAUAUUGAUCAAUCAAAUAAUUUUGUCUUCAAUUGAAGCAUUAA